AAACAAAACCCUGAACAUAUCCAGGCCAUAACUGCUCCUCGUCCUCUGUCCUCUGGUUGCAGAGAAAGCCUUCACAAGACUCCAGGCUGCCUAGAAGGAGCGGCAUGUCCCCAGGUGCAAUCAUCACCUUAGUGAUUGCAAUCUUUGCCUUGGAAAUCAAUGCUUGGGCACCAGGACCCACACCCAGUCUUCAUGAUAGCGAAGAGCAAAGACCAAGAGGAGACUCCCUGUUGCCGAUAGACUGCAGACUGAGCCCCUGGAGCCAAUGGUCGCAAUGUGACCCUUGCCUCGAACAAAGGUUUCGCUCAAGAAGCGUUGUAGCCUUUGGACAAUUUCAUGGGAAAAGCUGUAUUGAUAGUUUGGGAGACAGACAACACUGUGAACCCACGAAGGAAUGUGUGGAGGUACAGGAAAACUGUGGGAAUGACUUCCAAUGUGGAACAGGCAGGUGCAUAAAGAGACGACUUCUGUGUAAUGGUGACAACGACUGUGGAGAUUUUUCAGACGAGGACGACUGUGACCGUGACCCACGCCCCCCGUGUCGUGAUCGAGUGGUAGAAGAAUCUGAGCUGGGACGAACAGCAGGCUUUGGAAUUAACGUCUUAGGGAUGGAUCCCCUGGGCAAUCCUUUCGACAAUGAGUUCUACAACGGACUCUGUGACCGGGUACGGGACGGAAACACUUUGACAUACCAUCGCAAACCCUGGAAUGUAGCUUUUCUGGCCUAUGAAACCAAGGCUGAUAAAAUUUUCAGAACUGAGAAUUAUGAAGAAGAGAUUCAUAUCUUCAAACAAAUCAUCCAAGAAAAGACCUCGAAUUUUAAUGUAAAUUUAGCUCUAAAAUUUAAAAUUACUGAAGCACCUAUAAAAGGAGUUGAAAAUGUUUUCCCGGAAAAAAACUCUUCAAACUCAAAACCUGAAGAAGUUUCAACUAAUUUUCAAUUUUCGCACUUCAAGAGUCAAAUGUUUAAACGAUUGUCAACAUAUUUGUCAAAGACGGGAAAAAUGUUUAUGUACGUGAAAGGAAUGAUUCAGCUGGGUCGAUUUGUGAUGAGAAAUCGGGAUGUUAUGCUGACGAAAACUUUCCUGGAUGAUAUAAAAGCUCUGCCAGUUUCCUAUGAAAAGGGAGAAUAUUUUGGAUUUCUGGAAACCUAUGGGACUCACUACAGCAGCUCUGGGUCUCUGGGAGGACUCUAUGAACUGAUAUACGUCUUGGAUAAAGCCUCCAUGAAAGAGAACGGUGUCGAACUGAAUGAUGUCAAACGGUGUCUUGGCUUUAAAGCGGAUGCAUCUUUCCACCUCCCUCAAAGUUUCAUCCUUGAUAAUGCGUCACUCAUGGCGGCUGCUCAUAAGAAUGACUGCAUAAAGACAACUGGUGGUAAAACUGUAAACAUCACCCGCGAUAACAUCAUAGAUGAUGUUAUUUCAUUCAUAAGAGGAGGGAGCAGUAAACAUGCAGUUCUCUUGAAAGAAAAGCUUGCGAGAGAAGCCAAGACCGUUGAUGCGACUGACUUCGCCAACUGGGCCUUGUCCUUGAAUGAUGCUCCAGCUCUCAUUAGUCAAAAACUGUCCCCUAUAUAUAAUCUGGUUCCUCUGAAAAUAAAAGAUGCAUAUGUAAAGAAACAAAAUUUGGAAAGAGCUGUUGGAGACUAUCUGGAUGAGUUCAGUGUUGAUAAAUGCCAACCAUGUCAAAAUGGAGGAACAGUGAUUCUUCUAGAUGGACAGUGCCUUUGUUCCUGCCCACCCACAUUUUCAGGAAUCGCCUGUGAAAUCCGGAAACAAAAACAGCCUUAAG